AUGUACUGGCACACGGCGGGCCUCGUCUGGGCUUGGCCCAAGUCGACCCGCACUCGGACUGUGCCCACGAGCUUGCCGAGCUUCCAAGUGGAUAGCCCCGCCACCAUCAGCAACGGCGCCCUUCAAGUCACCCCGGACUCCGCCUCCGCCGACUUCAAUCCCUUCAAUAACUCCGGCCGCGUUCUCCUCCUACGGAGGUUCAAGCUCUGGCACGACGCCACUGCCCCAGCCGCCUCCUUCAACACCUUAGAUUUAUUAAGACGAGUUACACAGACAACACCGCGAACGGUCAUUUACUUCGAGGCACCGAUGACCUGCAAUAUGCCUGCGUGA